UAAAAGCUUUAUCCGCCAUGCACACACAUGUAAAUCAUACCUGAUCAUGAUUAAUAAAAGUUAAAAGCUAUAACUUCACAAUAAAAGCUUUAUCCGCCAUGCAUACAAAUGUAAAUAUUAACUAACUUUUGCAUGCAAAGUUUGGCCCCCCCGCCUCCCGCGGUGACGGUCCCUCCUGAUUGGCCCAGAGGACCCCCGGGGAGGGAGUUCAUCCUGCUGGGCAAAAGCCUUCCAGCGUAUAAAAACUUGUCCCUUCUGGUCACUGCCAGCUCAACAAGAAGGCGGAAGCCCGACAAGAAGGACAACCACAUGCACUUUGAACUCUCUUUUUCCUUUGCGUUGUUGACAUUUUGGAGCCAUGACACUCUCCAGUGACUACGAAGCGUCCCUGGGGGAGAUCGACAUCGUCGGCGAGGAUGAUCCGAGCUCCGGGGCGGAGUUCGACUCCUCGGGUGCGGACUCCUGCGCGGAGAGCGAGGGCGCGGACACACCGACCCCCUCAUCCCCCUCACCGUCGUCCUCCUGCGGGAAGGCUGCGGUGAAGCCGCCGUACUCCUACAUCGCGCUCAUCACCAUGGCCAUCCUUCAGAGCCCCAUGAAGAAGCUCACCCUCAGCGGCAUCUGCGACUUCAUCAGCAACAAGUUCCCCUACUACCGGGACAAGUUCCCCGCCUGGCAGAACUCCAUCCGGCACAACCUGUCCCUCAACGACUGCUUCAUCAAGAUCCCGCGGGAGCCCGGGAACCCCGGGAAGGGCAACUACUGGUCCCUGGACCCGGCUUCGGAGGACAUGUUCGACAACGGCAGCUUCCUCCGUCGCAGGAAGAGGUUCAAGAGGACCCCAGCGGACUUCGGGAAGGAUGGACUCGUCUUCUACGCCAACUACUGCCGACAUUUCGGCCAGCCGUACCCGCUGCCCGUGCAGGUGGUUCCCGCGCAGGACGGCGUCAUGAGGUCCUACUUUGUGAAGCGCGCUGGAGCCAAAGACUUGAGCGGCACAGAAGCGACGAGCCGCGCUGCACAAUCCAAAUGCUCCUUCAGCAUCGACUCCAUCAUGAGCACGCCGGCUCUCCCCCACCGCAACGCCGUGCGUUACCCACACUUCAUGUCCAACCCUGCGGCCUGCCUGGUUCCUGCACCCCUGCAGAGUCCCGCCACUCCGUUUGGGCCUUCCUCCGUUCUGAGCGGUGACCAUGUCACACGUCCAUACCCACACUGCUGACAUGUGUUAUGUGCUGCCAUGUUGUCACAUGCACCAUGUUACUUUGGCUCGUUUCUUAAAGAAAUAUAACUGUACAGGCUGCAUGAUAUUCGUGUAAGAGUGUGGAAGGAAGCCGUGUAAAUAAGAUUUCAUGUAAUAUAUGAGUGGGAGUAGCGCAAUGCUGCAAUAGGC